CGGAUAUAGGAUUUCCCCAAAAACGGAUGUCCAGACGCGGAAAGGAGAGAAAGGCCCGUCUUGGCAGCUCUGUAAAAAGUGAGAAUUGCGGGGGAUUUGACACUAUGGGAAACCUGGACGAGUUACAAGCUCAAACCUUAUUAGCCUAUCUGAUUUGAUAUGGAUAAACGUAUUUUGUACAUUUUAUUUUUUAGAUUGAUUGAUAAACUAUUGGUUCAAGCUAGCUAGGUAAUGUUAGGUAAUUUUGCCUAACUAAAAUGUCACGUCAACAAGUGAAGCAAGUAGCGUUAAGUAUAUUCGGCCUGUUACCUAACUUGAACAGCUAGCUGUUACUAGCUACGUACCAGUCGCCACGUAAAUUGCUGGUCAUUUUGAUAAUCUGUUGUCGUUUUGAUAGUAUGUGUUAUUUAGCUAGCUAGCUCUUGUCAUAGUUUUUAUGAAACGUCAUGUCUGACCUGUUGCUAACGUCAGCUAGCUAGCUAGUCACAUGUAGAACUAGUAGGUACAGCAGCUAGCUGACAAAUCUCAACUCCAUGUAGUUAUGUAUUUCUUAUGAUUUCUCAGCUAAUUCAUAACAAGUCGAGACUAGUAUCAGGACUGUCUGUUGCAAGUCUGCAACUUUGCAUGGUCUCUAGACUAAGUUAGGUGCGGUGUGUUACGUAAGGCGAAAUUUGUGAUAACUAGUUAAGUCUCGAAAACCCUUCUCCUUAACGUUACGUAGGGUUUUUAGCGGUUACAUUCGCCCACGGUUGGCUCCAUGUGAACUACAAUUUCGACGCAGUGUUUAAAGGUUUACAAACGUCAAUAAUCAUUGCUUUCAAAGCGGUUUUCGAAACAUAUGCUUAUGUGCCCCUUAACUUUCAUGUCAGGGAGAAAGUCUUUCAAAUAAAAAAGAUACAAUUACUGUAGUAAUUUUGCACAAAUCCACAAGCUGUGUGUGCCUUCAGUUGACGAACUACACUUCCUAUCCAGUUACACUAGCAUGCUAGAUUGUAGGGGGGUACAGGUACACCUAUUCAUACAGAACGUACCAUAAGGGGACCUCUGUACGGUCUGCACUGUGAACCCGAAAAAUAUACAAAAUAUAAACACUAGGCCUAUAAGCUAUGCCUAUGCUGCAUUGUAUAUGCCUCUUGAGUAAAUCUGAGCUGAAAAAAGCAUUUUAGGCUAAUCCAUUAAAACAACUAGAGCCUGUGCGCACGUUGUAAUCACAAUUCAAAUCUUAAUUGGCACAUUUCAAACUGUCCUUUUGUGAGGCGCAGCCUGGACUAGUUCUGUAUAAUGGCGAGUGGUGAGGUCUAAACCAGGAGGAUUCUCCAUCAUCAUUAAAAUCUCCAGUUUGGGAAUUCCUGUAAUGAAGCAGCUAAUAAAAUGUCAUUUUCAAACAUUUGCCAAAAUGCAAUUCGCGGUAAAACACAGUUCUAAAUGGCACACCUAACGUGAGUGGUUCCAUAUGUGACAUAGAGGAACAUCUCCAUUAGAAACGUAGAGGGGGAAUCUAAUAGCAACAACUAGGAUUGUGCCUUUGGCUUCUGGGUGACAAAAUAAAGUUGAUAUUAAAAUCAAUAGAACAGGAGAGAAAUGCUGGUUAAUGGCAUGAGGAAGUCUUUAUAAAAUAAUUGCCUCCACCUUUCAUGGAUGGAUUUUGGCAAGGCUACUUUGAAGCAAGGUAAGACAUGCCUCAUUAUUUUAAGUAAAGUAAAAAGCCUCAAGCUCACAUUGCAAAGUAGUGGGUGUAGCCUGCCUACUGUUGACUAUAGCCUAUGCAUUCGAAUGGCGGGCGCGCUUUAACUACAAGUUAAAAAGAGCUAUUUUUAUCGUGGGCAUCAAAACUAUUGCAUUUAGAAUUGUUAUUUGUUGCGCAAUGACUGUGCUUACAAAAGCACAAGUUUCACUCUAGUACCAGCUUUUUGAGGAACUGCUCUUGUGCGGUCUGACAGGUGAUAGCCUAGUUUGAGGAGUGGAAUAGCAUAUGUAUGUUGUGGGUGUGUGAUAAAUAAGAUAGGUCUACAUGACGACUAACAAAAAUACACAUGCACCAAUUUAAUUCCCAAAAAGUAUGCAAAUUAACCUAUAGACCAAUAAGCAUGAUGUUUUUUCAGCAGCUAACCGAUUUAACCGUUACACCCUUAGUAGAUAGCUAAUUAGCACAGGUGGCCACCUAUGUCUUCCGUAAAUAAGCGAUGUAACUUGGCGAUAUGGCCGUGUGGGAACUAGUGAUGUGCAGUUCGCAAACGAUUAGUUCAUUUUUAAUGACUCUUUUUACUGACUCGAGUCAUGAUUUUGUUUUUUCAGAGUGGCUCGUUAAUUUUUGUUGUUUGACGUGCUCCGACCAGCAACUGUUUAUCAUGAGGGAAAAUAGAUUAUGCUGCAGGCAGCGUAGAGAAGAAAAAAGGCAUGUUUAGAACUGAUAAUUGAUCGCAUGGUUCAAGAAUUAAUGCAAUUAAUUGAUUAAAUGUUAUGAUGGACACAGCUUUGUAGUACCAAAACAUACACACCCUCUGCUCAACAAAGUUGAACUCGAGAACUAAUCGUUUGGGGGACUGCAGUUCGCGAACAAUAGGCUAUUGUGCGUGCCACUCACAGCAGUCAAGCAAUGCAUUCCGCCAAGUGUCGUUCAAAAAUCUAGUCCGGUUGCGGCCACCACAAAUAGACCUUGUUUCAACUGUAUCAAGAAAUAAUCGUAUUUGUAUGCCUAACAAUCAACAACAUUGUUUAAAGCACACUUUUACAAAACUGUCACAGAUGACCGCUCCAAUAAGCCCCCUAUGGUGAAGAACGUGAACAUUUUAGUCAUUUAGCAGACACUCUCAUCCAGAGCGAUUUACAGGAGCAAUUAGGGUUAAGUGCCUUGCUCUAGGGCACAACGACCAGAUUUUUCACCUAUCUGACUUGGGGCUUCGAACCAGCAACCUUUCGGUUACUGGCCCAACACUCUUAACCACUAGACUACCUGGAUUCUGACUCUUUCAAGUUUUCAGUUCAUCGUUCACCAGUAGGGGGUUCUGCUUGCUCUGGGCAUUUGUUAGGAACCCCGUGGCUUUAAACGUCUAGGGUGGAUGGACAAGAGACCCGUAACAUAAUUCAUGCAAAUUAGAAUCGUGACAUGAAACAGUGAGAACAAAAACUACACGACAACCAUAAACUACCGUCAAACAUAAAAGGUUUAUUUUUGAACACACGGUAAAGGUUUGGGAAAAAGGGCUGAGCAGGACCCAAGAAAUGAAACAAUAGUGUAAAAAAAACCUAAACUGAUCUUGCCUGCCUCAAGAACCGCUAAGCUACUGCUAAUCAUACAAAAAUUACAGUGGGUGGUCCGCUCAGGUCUAACUAGUGUUUUUAGACAGUUUUCUUCCUACGGGUAAUGUACGCCCAAGGGCAACUUGCUUAAAUUCCCCUUUUCCCAGAAACACACAACAAAGUUACCAAACAGAGUAACCAGCAAAUUAGUGAGUACACAGGACACCACAGUAUCCAUACUCACAUACGGAAAAUAGUCUCUAACAACAAACACAACUGACCGGCUUUUAAACAAUGGGAUGUGUGAUUGAAAAACCUGAAACAGGUGGUGCAAUGCAGAGGAAUGUCCACUGAUUGGUCCACCUCAGCAAUCAGCAGACACCCCAACGACCACCAAUCAGGAACAUACAGGGCACCUGUGAUUAGGGCAGAAGGAGAGGAAAAACACAAAAAGACACAGGAUACCUGUAUCCGUAACAGCAUUACUGACUCAAAUGAACAAAAUGAGUCUACCAAUUCGUUCUUUUGACUGAAUGACUCAGUCAGUAAAAAGAGCCAAACUUUUACAUUUUAGUAGACGCUCUUAUCCAGAGCGACUUACAGUUAGUGAAUACAUAUUUUUUCAUACUGGCCCCCAGUGGGACUCGAACCCACAACCCUGGCGUUGCAAACGCCAUGCUCUAUCAACUGAGCUACAUCCCUGCCGGCCAUUCCCUCCCCUACCCUGGACGAAUUGUGCGCCGCCCAUGAGUCUCCCGGUCGCGGCCGGCUGCGACAGAGCCUGGAUUCGAACCAGUAUCUCUAGUGGCACAGUUAGCACUGCGAUGCAGUGCCUUAGACCACUGCGCCACUCACUAGUGGUAACCCUAACCCUAUAAAGUUGUGUAGUAAUUUAGGCUUUAAAAAAAUUAUUACAAUUUAUUGCUGAUAUGAAAGAUAUGUUACUUAUGUUUCAAAAAAGUACUGCAAGCAGUGCAUUUUAACAUUCAGAACGAGUGACGUGGAUCUUAAUAAAAGUUCCCCAACCAGAAGAUAUUAUCAUCAAUGGGCAUUAAAGCAGUUAGCGUCUAUGAAUGGGUUAUGUGAUAACUAGGUAGCAAUGUUUCCACACUCGACUUUACAGGGUAGCUUAUACAAAACACUGCCAUAUGUUUUUCAACUAACCUGCUCUUGGAGAUACCUUAUUCGUUCUAGAUUCGGGGAAAAGGGUUAUCUAAAAUGUCUGUGUCCAGUUGCAGGUGGUUCUACAAAAACCAGCGAGAACUCAAAGAUAUUAAAUCCAUGUGGAGUGGGUAACAGGUGCGCUAUCUUGCUUUAAUAGCUGGGUGCUUUGCCAUAUAUGACAAUAACUUCAAAUUAAAUCCCAAUAUCAAGAAAUAUUGGGAAAUGGCAGCACUCCAAAAAGUUUUUUCAAAGGACAAAAACACGUGAAAUGAGGCGACAAAUUUUUGUCCGUAACAAAAUAUAUACACUACCGGUCAAACGUUUUAGAACACCUACUCAUUCAAGGGUUAUACUUUAUUUGUACUAUUUUCUACAUUUUUGAAUAAUAGUAAAGACAUCAAAACUAUGAAAUAACACAUAUGGAAUCAUGUAGUAACCAAAAAAGUGUUAAACAAAUCAAAAUAUUUAAUAUUUGAAAUUUGUCAAAUAGCCACCCUUUGCCUUGAUGACUGUACUUGUGAUUGUCUCAGAGGUAUUUUUGUAUUCAGUUUACAUAGCAAGCUACCUAUUAUAAAACCCUUAUCACACUUGACAAUUUUGUGUCUCUUCUUUCCACCUAAUGUAGCUAGUUGUGAUGCGGAGAGGAGACCCUGUUCCCCAGGCCUUCCAGGCCCCAGUGGAUGUCCAUGCUAGUGUAGAUGGCCAGGUGUACAUGUUCAGGCGCGGCCAGCCAAAUGACUCUGCAGGCUCUUCAGAGGAAGAAGAGUUCAAUAUGAUGGCGCUUAGGCCCCGGGGGCGGCAGGAGCCGGACCAGGACAGACUGGGCAUCCUCAUGCUGCUGGAGAGGGAUGUAUUGGUUGGGGACAACCUCAACAAACUUGCUCUGCAAUAUGGCUGCAAGGUAAGUCCUGGAGCCCUUUUAUUUGCUGUCAGCAAACUGUACAUAAAGUGUACUGUACACUUAACUUCAAGCACUGUACAUAUAGGUAACUGCCAAAAUAAAGGAAACACCUACAUAAAGUGUCUUAAUAGGGCAUUGGGCUACCACAAGCCAGAACAGCUUCAAUGCACCUUGGCGUAGAUUCUACAAGUGUCUAGAACUCUAUUGAAGGGAUGCGACACCAUUCUUCCACAAGAAAUUCCAUAAUUUGGUGUUUUGUUGAUGGUUGUGGAAAAUGCGGUCUCAGGUGCUGCUCCUGAAUCUCCCAUAUGUGUUCAAUUGGAUUGAGAUCUGGUGACUGACACACACUCACACUAGGGAUGUGCAUAUUUCCCUUUCAAGACAAUUUGAUACAUAUCUAUGUAGAUACAUUGGCUCCGAUACGAUAGAGGAACGAUACGUUUUAGAUUGAAACAAUUCACUGCGAUUCGGUUUGAUUAGAGAACGAAUCGAUCCGAUGCAUUAACAUUUGCAUAAAUACAUAUAUUUUCCAUUGUAAAUUCAAAUCUGCUGCUGAUGGUUUUCAUGAGCUGGGCCUCUCUGAGCUGGAUCGAUAUGUGUGUGUGUGUAAAUGAUGUAUGUCUAUGGUGUAUGUACUAUGUAGGCACCUGAUCUGAGUCAUAAGGGAGACUAGGCAUUUACCAUAUCAGAUUAGGGGGUGGAGGCAAUGUAGCCUAUUUAACUUGUAAUUUUUGCAGAUUGUGUUUGAGCUAGUAAUGUAUCAGUAUUUAUAUUUUACAAAUUAGCUAUGACAUAGCCAAUGAAUAGCCUAUAUAGCACAACUUUAGAUUUCACCCCAUUUUCAAAAUCAAAUGGUUUUAACCGUUAGGAAGUUUAGUGAUCAUCUCCUCUCGCUUCGGCCAUGCAAUGCGCCUCGCAAAAGUGAUUGCUGUCCUCGUUAUACAGGGUAGUGUUGAUAAUUUUGUAUCUAAAACUGACCAUAUACAGUGGGGGAAAAAAGUAUUUAGUCAGCCACCAAUUGUGCAAGUUCUCCCACUUAAAAAGAUGAGAGAGGCCUGUAAUUUUCAUCAUAGGUACACGUCAACUAUGACAGACAAAUUGAGGGAAAAAAAUCCAGAAAAUCACAUUGUAGGAUUUUUUAUAAAUUUAUUUGCAAAUUAUGGUGGAAAAUAAGUAUUUGGUCACCUACAAACAAGCAAUAUUUCUGGCUCUCUCAGACCUGUAACUUCUUCUUUAAGAGGCUCCUCUGUCCUCCACUCGUUACCUGUAUUAAUGGCACCUGUUUGAACUUGUUAUCAGUAUAAAAGACACCUGUCCACAACCUCAAACAGUCACACUCCAAACUCCACUAUGGCCAAGACCAAAGAGCUGUCAAAGGACACCAGAAACAAAAUUGUAGACCUGCACCAGGCUGGGAAGACUGAAUCUGCAAUAGGUAAGCAGCUUGGUUUGAAGAAAUCAACUGUGGGAGCAAUUAUUAGGAAAUGGAAGACAUACAAGACCACUGAUAAUCUCCCUCGAUCUGGGGCUCCACGCAAGAUCUCACCCCGUGGGGUCAAAAUGAUCACAAGAACGGUGAGCAAAAAUCCCAGAACCACACGGGGGGACCUAGUGAAUGACCUGCAGAGAGCUGGGACCAAAGUAACAAAGCCUACCAUCAGUAACACACUACGCCGCCAGGGACUCAAAUCCUGCAGUGCCAGACGUGUCCCCCUGCUUAAGCCAGUACAUGUCCAGGCCCGUCUGAAGUUUGCUAGAGUGCAUUUGGAUGAUCCAGAAGAGGAUUGGGAGAAUGUCAUAUGGUCAGAUGAAACCAAAAUAUAACUUUUUGGUAAAAACUCAACUCGUCGUGUUUGGAGGACAAAGAAUGCUGAGUUGCAUCCAAAGAACACCAUACCUACUGUGAAGCAUGGGGGUGGAAACAUCAUGCUUUGGGGCUGUUUUUCUGCAAAGGGACCAGGAGGACUGAUCCGUGUAAAGGGAAGAAUGAAUGGGGCCAUGUAUCGUGAGAUUUUGAGUGAAAACCUCCUUCCAUCAGCAAGGGCAUUGAAGAUGAAACGUGGCUGGGUCUUUCAGCAUGACAAUGAUCCGAAACACACCGCCGGGGCAACGAAGGAGUGGCUUCGUAAGAAGCAUUUCAAGGUCCUGGAGUGGCCUAGCCAGUCUCCAGAUCUCAACCCCAUAGAACAUCUUUGGAGGGAGUUGAAAGUCUGUGUUGCCCAGCGACAGCCCCAAAACAUCACUGCUCUAGAGGAGAUCUGCAUGGAGGAAUGGGCCAAAAUACCAGCAACAGUGUGUGAAAACCUUGUGAAGACUUACAGAAAACGUUUGACCUGUGUCAUUGCCAACAAAUGGUAUAUAACAAAGUAUUGAGAAACUUUUGUUAUUGACCAAAUACUUAUUUUCCACCAUAAUUUGCAAAUAAAUUCAUUAAAAAUCCUACAAUGUGAUUUUCUGGAAAAAAAAAUCUCAGUUUGUCUGUCAUAGUUGACGUGUACCUAUGAUGAAAAUUACAGGCCUCUCUCAUCUUUUUAAGUGGGAGAACUUGCACAAUUGGUGGCUGACUAAAUACUUUUUUCCCCCACUGAUUGUUUAAAGCAAAACUACCAAAACUAUUUCUGAUGGUGAACCUGAACAAUCAAAAUAAAAUCUAUUGUAAGCCCCAUUCAGCAGGUUAUAGCCAGAUGAGUUGUCUCUGGUAGCUUACUUUUAUUUAGGUAAAACACAAUGUUCAACAGCGUAUAGAUAGUAACCUAGCAAAUUACAUAGGUUGUCACUAGGGAUGCACAUUUCUGUCAAUUGUUGCAGACUAACCAACCCCCAUUAACCUGUUAACAAACGUCAAAAUAAUAAUGCCGGUCGACCAAGACACUGUUCCUGUUUUAUGACUGACGAGAUUUGUUAAAUUCUGAAACCAAUUUAAUUCCACGAUUCGAUGCAUGCUACAUUUGGAUCGGUUUGGCGUCCGUGGACUGAUGCACUUCUAUCUUAAACAUUUGAAUCGGGGACCACACACACACACACACACCCUUUUAAACACCCUAUGCUCCCUCUUUCAAAGUCAUUGAGAUCUCUUCUAGCCAUGGUAGCCAAAAUAACUAUACAUGAUGGAAUGUGAAUUGCUUAAUUGACUCAGGAACCACACCUGUGUGGAAGCAACUGCUUUCAAAAUACUUUGUUUCCCUCAUUUACUUGUUUUUAUUUUAUUUUGGCAGUUACCUGUAUGUCUGCAUAGGCUACUGAUACUGUGUGCUCACAUUAUGCCAGUAUUGACUCUCUUCUUCCUCUCAACAGGUGGCCGACAUAAAGAGGGUGAACAACCUGAUUCAGGAACAGGAUAUGUUUGUAUUGAAAUCAAUCAAAAUCCCUGUGAAGAAACACAGCUUAUUGGCUGUGGCUAACACCGAGCUAAAUGAGCCAGAGCCAGGAACUUCAAAUUCAUCCACUCCACCUCCCCAGCCACAGGACACACCUAAAAAUGUAUGCACGCAUGACUGUAAGUCGCUUUGGAUAAAAGCGUCUGCUAAAUGGCAUAUUAUUAUUAUUAUUAUUAUUAUUACCUACAGCCAGCUGCCCUGGUAGGCCACAUCUACAGGAGUACACUGACUUCCUCAAGGAAGUGGACCAUGACAUCGAGAGACUGAUCCAAACCACAGAUGCACAGGGUGAGGUUUUUUUAGAGGCUGCAGAGCCGCUACAAAAUUUGGCCUCCAGAGGCCAGCGCCUGACCAGCUAUGGAGCAGAUUGGGGCAUCCAGUGGUGGAACGCUGUGGUGGCCAUGAUCCUGAUAGGCAUUAUCCUGCCUGUCUUUUAUGUUGUUUAUAUCAAAACUGCUACCUCAAACAGCUCAGGGACAGGCCUCAUCACAGAAAGCCCUAGGAGCACUUUUAGCAGCCAGGAGAGUGUCCCUCAGUCUGAAAGAACCAAACACAUAAUUGAGGGAAAGAAUGCCUAUGCUUAA